AUCAUAUUAUUAUUAAGUACAGUAUUAUACUGUAUUUAUAUUAAUAGAGUAAUAUUUAAUAUGUAAUUGAUUUAAAAUUAUUUUUAUAGUAACGUAAUAGUACACAAAAGUAAACAAUUUAGAAAUGCUUAAAACAACUAUUAUUUUAUCAAUUGUUUGCAAUUUAUUGCAUGCAAUUAGUGGCAGUCCUAACAGUGAUCCACACUUUGUGGACGACCGGUCAGUGAUUGUCCAACUGUUUGAAUGGAGAUUCGAUGAGAUCGCUAAAGAGUGCGAAAUAUUUUUAGGACCGUAUGGUUACGGAGGUGUUCAGGUGUCACCAGUGCACGAAUGCGCUAUACUAACCAAUAGACCUUGGUGGGAACGGUAUCAACCAAUUGGCUAUAAGAUAGCCUCUCGGAGUGGUAAUGAAGAACAGUUCCGAGAUAUGGUUCACAGAUGUAAUAAAGUGGGUGUUCGGGUAUAUGUCGACAUUGUUCUUAACCAUAUGUCAAUGCCAGAGACAGGCAGAGGAACAGCUGGUGACACAUAUGAUGGGGUAAACUUCCGGUACGAUGCCGUUCCCUAUAAUGUCGAGCACUUUCACGGACACGAGUCGUGUCCAAACUCUGAUCUUAAUAUACACAACUCAGACAAUCCGACUGAAGCGCGAAAUUGUCAAAUGGGUGGACUUCGAGAUCUAAAUCAGGGUAAAGAGUAUGUCCGACAAAAACAGUCUGAGUUUCUCAAUAAACUUAUUGAUAUCGGUGUCGCCGGCUUUCGAUCGGACGCUUCGCAACAUCAAUGGCCACAAGAUCUACAAAAUAUUAUUUCCCGAUUGCAUAACUUGAAUACAGACUACUUUUCUGCCAAUAGUAAGCCAUUGUUUUACCACGAGUACAUAGAGCACGGACCUAACGUCAAGGCCACUGAGUAUACACCACUGGGUCGGGUGAUUGAGUUCAAGUACUACGAAAAUUUGGGUAACGUUUUCCGUAAGCUUCACAAUCAAAAACUCUGUUAUCUGAAAAACUUCGGCGAGGGUUGGGCUAUGUUGCCGUCACAAGACUCGUUGGUUAUGAUUAACAAUCACGACCUGCAGAGAGGACACGCCGGCGAUCUCAGUGUUACCAUUACAUUCUUUGAGCCGAAACUAUUGAAAUUGUCCACUGCCUACAUGUUGGCCUGGCCGUACUCCAUUUCCCGCGUCAUGAGCAGCUACUAUUGGCCCCGAAAAAUUGAGGGAGGCAAAGAUACCAAUUCCUAUAUCGGGCCGCCACACGACGGUAACUAUAAUAUAGCUGACGUCAAACGUAACGCCGAUCUCAGCUGUGAUUCGAGUCAAUGGAUUUGUGAACACCGGUGGUCACAGAUCUACAAUAUGGUUAAGUUCCGUAAUGUGGCCGUUAAUGAACCGGUGGCCAACUGGUGGGACUUUGGCGACCAAAUUGCUUUCUCAAGAGGAAACAAAGCCUUUAUUGCUAUUAACAAUGAUAACAGCAAACCAAUCAAUCAAUUGCUUAAGACUGGGCUACCGGGCGGUACUUAUUGUGAUAUUAUUUCGGGAAAUCUGAUCGAUGGUAAGUGCACGGGUAGACAAAUUGUUGUCAACAAUGAUAGCACGGCUCAGAUAGUUGUUGAAAGUAAUUGGGACGACCCUAUGAUUGCAUUUCAUAUUAAAUCAAAGCUAUAAUUAAUAAGUUAUAUA